GGUGCUUUCAACUUUAUACGAGGCAAUGAACAGUCUUUUCUCAGGUCCAAUGUCAAUUGCCGACAUUAGUGAUUUAUUCAGAAAACUUGAUAAGAAUCAUAAUGGUCUUGUAUCACAAAGAGAAAUUAAGGCUUACCUGAGGUCAAAUUCUACUAAAUUUAACAGUAAGGAAGUUAGGGAAUUCGUUGGGAAAAUCGAUGACAACUCGGAUGGUCAAAUUAGUUUGGAAGAACUGACUAAAGCUUUGUCAGGAAAUUUAGAUAUUUCCAAAGUGUGUUAUCUAAAGCCACGAUAAAUAAUACAAAGUCUUAUAUACAUAAAGUUCAGAUAUUUAAUUACGUUUUUUUAAAAAAAACUGUUAUCUACUUAAUAUAACAUAUAUAGACAUGUUUAAU